AACAAUUAAACUAAAUCAACAACGGACUAAAUUAAAUGAUCACAAUGAGAUAAUCACAAUUAGCUAAAUACAUUUAAUUCACAUAGGAAAACAUUUCCAGUCGACCUAUAGACUUGAAUCCUAUGUUAAUUAUUUACUUGUGACUUAGGGUUUGGUUUAGAUUAUUAUUAUGAGCCUUAUGAUGAUGAUAAUGAAGAAGAUGAUGAGGAAGAUAAUUAUGAUGAUGCCAAAAAGACACAGAGGGAAACAUCUUAAUCCAUAGGAGGAUAAUCUACACAGAGAUUAAGCCUUCUGUGCAGAAGCCAUUGGCUCAAAUUCAAUCUAAAGCUGAUCCUCCUCCUCCUCGGCUUCCUCAUCAUCCUCAUCAUCUAGAUAAUAUUCAUUAACGUCAAUCCAGUUACUUGGCCUUAAAUAUCUCGGGUCAUUAUUUGGAUUACUAAUUGUUUCCUGAUUGUUUCAUUCAUGAUGCAAUUCCAAUCAAAAUCAGUUAAUUGGCCCGAUUUCUUAACGAUUUAUUAUCCAUCCAAAUGCUCUUGUUUUUAUUGUCCAUUUUUUAGCUCAUCAUCAUCAUCAUCAUCUUCAUCCUCUCCGUUAACUUCAUCAUCAUCAUCAUCAUCGUCAUUAUCAUCAUCAUCUAAUCAUAAUCAAUUUGGUUUAAAUCACCAACGAUUAGAUUAUAGUCGACUUGCUCAAUCAAUCAUCGAGGAAAAGGAUAAUUCAUCAAAGGAAUUGAUUAAAUCAACUAAUUAUGAGUUAAUUUCUUCCAGGCGAUUCGUUUCUUCAUCAUCUUUGUCAUCUUCAUCUUCCGUUUCAUCAACACUCAAUUCAUCUGAAACUAAAUGUUCACCAUUAGUUAAUCCGUUAACCUCCGCUCUGGUCAAUGGUUGGUUAACUGGGACUAAUCUAAGGUCAACUAAUCAACGGACUUGCUAUUCCAGGCCAAAGAAACAAUUUAUCUGUAAAUAUUGUAAUCGCCAUUUCACCAAAUCAUAUAAUUUAAUGAUCCACGAACGGACUCACACCGAUGAACGGCCUUACAAGUGUAACAUUUGCGACAAAGCCUUCAGGCGACAAGACCAUCUAAGAGACCACAGAUACAUUCACUUGAAGGACAAGCCAUUUAAAUGCGAUGAAUGUGGUAAAGGAUUUUGUCAGAAUCGCACCUUAGCCGUUCACAAGAUCGCCCAUCUCGAAUCGACUCGAGGCCGUCCUAAGGUCACAAUUAACUCAUCCCUAUGAAGAUAAAUUUUAAUUACCCUUCGAUAAUUAAUUUCCAUUAACUUUCGUCCAACCAAAUCAACUCGACGAAACUUAAUCACCACUGGUCAUCCAAUCAUCUAAUCACUUGAGAUGAUCAAAUUUAAAUCUCCUAAACUUGUCACUUUUUUUCCAACAAUUAAAAUGAUCACUUUUAGUCAAUCAUCUAAUCUUUAAUUACAAUUAGUAAUUAGUAAUUUAAGUUAAUAUUAUCAUUAGAGUUUCUUAGUUGCUUCAAUUAUUUGAUUUGUUUUCAAUUGCAAAAUUUUCUCAUUAUUUGUAUCCAUCAAAUAAAGAAAAGAAUCAUUUUACAAUUUAUA